CUAGGGUUAGCGGAAGAAAGAAGCAAAAAUGGCGUGGGCGAUGAGUCGUCAAGGUCACAGAGUGUUGAUGGCAGCCGCCACCGGCACCGGCACCGCCACCGCCACCGCCACUGCAGCCAAGCGAGGCCGCCCUGCCGGUAUUCUGAAAGUGGUCCCUGUGUCUCCGUCUCUCGGAGAGUUUCUAGGCGUCUCUCAAGUCUCAAGGACCGAAGCUGUGAAGAAAGUUUGGGAGUACAUCAAGCAGAAUAAUCUUCAGAACCCAUCCAACAAGAAGCAGAUUCUGUGUGAUGCAAAGUUAAAGACCAUUUUCAAUGGGAAGGAUCAAGUCGGGUUUCUUGAGAUUGCCAAGUUGAUGUCACAGCAUUUUACCAAAUCCUAGUAACGAAUUACAUGUGCUUUUUUGGAACUUAUGUUAGUUUCUGGCUUUUACUUAGUUGUAUGAUGGAUUGCUUGUCUGGGCCCAGGUUUUUGUUUCACUUGGCCAACAAACUACCAAGUAUGAACCUUGAUGUCUAUGCUGUUACUCCAAAUCAUUAACCUUCGACUUGAAUGCAUGUAAAAAACGAGUUGCUCUUUUGUGUA